AUGCCAAGGCAGAAGACCCACUCUGAGAUUAUAAAUGAAGCCAGAAAUUUUCUACGAACGCUGGGAACUCGGAGACCAUUUACACCUACAGAGGAUCAAAGGAAACUUUUUGGAUCUGGAUCCUCAGGAGCUCCUCAAAAUAGACCCCCUUCAGUUUUUAGUCUUCAUGCAUCCAGUUUUGAUGUGGCUGAAUCAAGACCAGUGCCUAGUGUACGUCUGAGCCCACUGGACCAUAAACCAAUACUAGUCACUUUUGCAGAAGAUGAAGCUUCUUCCAUUUUCCUUCCAAAGCCUCCUGCAGAUGCUGCAGGGGUUAGAAAAGCCAGCAGCGCUCGGGCAGGUUUAUUUAGAAGAAUUUCUGAGGGAAACUUCCCUUCUGCUAAAAUGGUUCCUCCUAAUCAGAAUGAAGAGAAGCCAGAGUCUGAAGAACCAGCUAUGAUAAAUAAUCUAUGCAGCAGUAAUGAUAACUGCUUAGCAGAGCACAGGUCAAACACACCAUUUAAUGAGGAAAGUCGACAAUUAAUUUGUAACGAGUGUAUCAGCAGAUCGGAGAGGGAAGACUUCCUAAAAGGGACAGCAGGAGAAGUUUUAUUUCAACUGAGAAGAGGAAGAAGUGUCACCAGUGAUGGCAGAUUUGCUGAUGAAGAGCAACAGUUUCCCUGUGACCAGAUGAAAAAGCCUGAGACAAAUUCAUCACAGCCAGGGAGUACAAGCUGGAAGAGAAGAGUAACAGGCUCAGAGGAUGAAAGAAGAAUAAAUGAAUCCAAAGAGGAAGAAAUCUUUUGGAAUGUCAAGAUUCUACCAAUUCUGCAUGAAUUGGAAAAAGUAGAAGACAAUGUAGAAAAUCUUUGUCUGGCUUGCACCAGGCUCUACCAAGCCUUGAAUGAAGGAAAUAUGCUGGGAAAAAGAUUUAAAAGAAGAAAUGUGCUUCUGAAGACAUUAUAUAAACUUGUAGACAUUGAUUCAGAUCCACUUUACCUGAAGGUGGCAAAGAUUAUUCUGGCUAUGAAAGUGGGUGGAAAAAAUCUUCUUAGUGUUUGCAAGCUUGUGUUUAAAAUCUGCAGGAACGAAAAAAAUGAUGACCUCAUUCAAGAAGAGAGAUUAUGGGAUUGUUUGUUGGAGGUCCUGAGAACUGAAGAUCUACUCAAAAACAAUGAAGCUCUCCUGUAUUGCAUGAGAGCUAUAAAAUUCAUGUCUGGAAAUGCAGUACUCCUUAAGGAAAUGGUCAACAAAGGAGCUAUUGAAACAUUGCUGCAAUUAAUGAAGCAGAUUAAUAAUAUAAAAGAAAAUGACACAUAUUUCUUCAGCUUGGGCCACCUAUUAGUUCAGCUGACAGCUACUCUGAGAAACUUGGCUGAUUUCCCUCCAGCAAGACAUCAGCUCCUCUGCAGUGCUGCAGCCCCUGAGCUCUGCCUGGCGCUGGAGCUACGGGCCAAUAACAAGGAUGUGAGCGCUUACAUUGUCAGGAUAUUCAGCAAACUUUCUUCUUACAAUGACUUCUGUGCAGCUUUAGCAGACUGCUCCAGAUGUUACAUCUUAUUUUUAGCCCUACUAGACAAACACCAGAAGCAGCAGGGCUUGGUUAUCCGGAUCCUCUUCAUUCUUGGGAAUUUAACAGAAAAGAAUAACCAGGCCCGUGAGCAGUUGUUUAAAGAAAAAGGAAGUGUUGACACCUUGAUAUCAUUAUUCCAAACCUACCAUAAACUCGACUUGAAUGCACAGAAAUGGUACCAUGAAAGAGAAGGGGAGGAAAAAAACAGGCAUCCUUCAGAGGCAGAAGAUGUUCUGAUAAAGUUGAUAAGGGUGCUGGCCAACCUCUCCGUGCAUCCCCGUGUGGGAGCAGCUCUGGCAGCUGCCCAUCCUGUGGUAGAAUUACUUGUUGCUGUACUAGAAUACAAGUCAGUUGAUGACUGUGAGGAGCUGGUCAUCAGUGCCACAACAGCCAUCAGCAACUUAUCCUAUUACAAAGGGAAGAGUUCUGCUGUUCAAGACAAGAAGCUACACAUUGCUAAAUUACUUUUCAAGCUGUUAAUGAGCAACAAUAUGGAUGGAGUUGUGGAGGCUGUCAGAGUCUUUGGCAAUCUUUCCCAGGAUCAUGAGAUCUGUGACUUCAUCAUGCAGAAAAAGAUAUACAGGUUUGUGAUUGCUCUGCUUGAUGCCAAGAAUCACGAUGUCUGUUUUUCUGCCUGUGGAGUUCUGCUCAAUCUCACAGUUGAUCAGAACAAACGAGCUCUUCUGAUGAAAGAAGGAGGAGUUAGAAAGUUAGUUGACUGUUUAGGAGACUUUGGGCCAGCAGACUGGCAGCUGGCUUGUUUGAUCUGCAAAACCCUGUGGAACUACUGUGAAGACUGCACAAGUGCUGCCUCAUGCUUUGGAGAAGAUACCAACACGUUGCUGGUGCUACUUACAUCACUGCUAGAUGAGGAGCUAGCACUGGGUUACAGCCUCGACAGAGAUUUAAGGGACCACCACAAACUAUAUUGGGAAAGAGAAUUCAAACCUGUGGCAGAAAAACUUCUUGACAGAAUUCAAAGCCAUCACUCCUUUCCUCCCACUAUGACUAUUCCUCCGUUUUAA